GUUCGUGUGAGGAGGGGCUCUGUAAGGAAGUGGCAGAUUUUUUCCGGCUGUGUAUUUUCAAAUUCUAGCGCACUCGAGCUGGUUUCUCCAAAAUGACCUACCCCACCUUUAAGUAGGCCUACAAGAUUUCACUCUGGUAACAAUGCAGAAUCCAUUCAUAAAGUAGUCGUUUUUGAACGUCACUCAAUGUGGCGGAGGCGGACACUCCACGCGAACGCGCACACAUUAAAAUUGAGGAGGGGGAUGGUGAUGGUGUAGGGCUCGGUUUGGAAUUGUGCCAAUGGGUUCUCUUCAAAACUGCACCACACCCACCGCUGAGUUUAGAGUCUUUCGUCUUGUCGGUUUUAGCUUGAAGAACAACUUGUACUCGUAUGUUCUUGUUAUCAUGUCGAACACCGUGAAAAGCCUCACGGUGAACUAUAACCCCGCCAGUAAUGAGCAAAACACCUUUACCAGUGGCGACUGUGUUUCUGGUGAGGUAACGCUGGAAGUUACCAAAGAGUGCAAAAUAAACUCCCUAUUGAUUCAGUUCAAGGGGAAAGCAGAUGUGAUGUGGAGCGAGCGUCACGGACAAACUACUGUCAUCUACCACUCCAAGGACAAGUACUUCAGCAUCAAACACUUCUUCGUCGAAGAAAAAAAAGAUAAUGGAGAUGACAACGAAACACUAUUGACAAACCAGUUGGGAAAUCCAUACAGCAAUGUCGUUGCCCCAGGAUCCCAUGUUUACCCAUUCAGCUUCCAGAUCCCUCCCCAGGAUAUGCCCUCUUCCUUCGACGGUAGCUUUGGUAAAAUUGUGUACGCGCUAAAAGCCAAGCUGAGCAGAUCAAUGAGGGUUCCAACGAAAGAUUCUACCAAAAUCAACUUUGUCGCGAAGGCAGACCUGAUCGGUGACCCUGGGCUGAUGGAACCACAGCAUGAGUCUAAGGAUAAGAAAAUGAAGUUUUUCAACUCAGGAACAGUAGCCAUGGAUGUGAAUCUUGAAAAGACAGGUUUCUUCCAAGGAGAAGGACUAAAGGUUAUGGCCUGCAUUCAGAACAACUCAUCUCGCGAGAUCACGCCCAAGUACUGUGUGUACAGAAAGCAUAGCUUCUUUGCAAAAGGAAACAGAAGAGUUUCAACUAACGACUUGUAUAAAGAGGUGGGAGAGCCCAUCCCUCCGUCUUCUAACCAAAAUGUCACAAGAGUCCUCUCCAUCCCACUCGAUGUGGAGCCGUCCAUCCUCAACUGCAGCAUCCUCAAAGCAGAGCACAGACUCAGGGUCUACCUUGAUGUCAAAUAUGCUUCAGACCCAGUGAUCAAAUUCCCCAUAGUCUUCCUGCCGGCCCCUAAGGUUCCUGGUGUGGAGGCGCCCCCACUCGCUGCUUCUGGUUUUGGAUUUGAACCAUUUGGAAACACCUACCCACCAGCCUGGGGAAUGGUCCCUCCACAACCACCAUCAGCACCCCAACUCUCAGAUCCCCAACCCUCAGACCCCCCUCCUGCCUAUGGACAUGGGACACACCCUCCUUUGAUAAAUCUUGGAAAUGAAUAUAAUUGGUUGGACUGUGAAGAUACAGUGGGGCAAACAAGUAUUUAGUCAGCCACCAAUUGU